AUGUAUCGGAAGUUGUCUAAGUUAGAACACUCGGAAAUAAAACAACUUCUUACAGAAGCUAAUAUAGAUGUUGCAAAGCAUUACACAACAAACAAAAAGGCACUCGCUGACUUCAUUAAAGACUACAAUGGUGCAAUAAGUUAUGAUAGAAUUCAUGAGUUCAUAAAGCCGCAACGCGGCGAGGACGAAGUCCAUGCAAGAGCAUUUCCUUUAAAUGACAUUGCUAUUGACUUAUAUCAUAGACGUUCAGUACCUCAUGAAGUAAGAAGAGAAAUGUUUGACAUAACAAAUGCGAACGUUGGUGAAACACGAAAGAGAGAUGACACACUGAAACAACAGAGAAGAGAGAU